UGUGCAGAUAAUACAGGAAAGGAAGCAGUCACUCAGAUCAUACAUUUGCAGAAGAGUCUGCGUUGUUGCCGUUGUUGUUUAGCAGUCAGUAAGUUUUGUUUAAACUUUCUAACUUUCUCUGGUUUAUAAGAAAUGAAGUUCGAAUUGGUCCUGUUCUUGUAUUUUUGGGCAGCUGUUGCCAAUGGUAAUCCGGCGAAGAUCCAACUGGAGGCGGACCAGCCAUUUCAACGUGUGCCUGUGUCACAACAAGCCUCAAUCGAAUGCUGCUACCGUUGUGAAGAGAAACUUCAUUUCACCUGGAUCAUGAAUGUUCACACCAUCAACCGAACCACAUCAUUACAAAUUGUAAAUUUGUCAGACAAAGUGACGUUUAAGCCAAUACGUGAAGCAAAUGGAGUCAAAUGCCAUGAGUUGGUUCUCCAGAAUGUCCAAAUCGAAGAUACUGGCCUUUACCAGUGUUUCCUUAAUCUUACCACUCCUCGCAUUGCCAUUUUUACACAUGGCACCUUCCUUCAAGUCUACAAGCCUCUGCAAAAGACCUUGGACCUCAGCGAGAGUGUGAAGAACAGCAUCAUUACAGCAGAGGGGGUUUUACUGCUACUGUGUGUGUUGAUCCCUGGCACCAUGCUCCUUUGUAAGUCAAAGAGGUUGAAAGAACUGGACAGGAAGAAAGGAAGGGAGGAAGAAAAUAUCUAUGAGGGUCUUAACUUGGAUGACUGCAAUUCCACUUACCAUCAAAUCCAACGCUCCCAUGUGCAAGGCCCAUAUCAAGAUGUGGCCAACUGUGGAGAUGACAUUCAGCUGGAGAAGCCCUAACUGAGAUGGAGAGAAAGGGGAACGUGAUAAUAUUAAAUAUGAUCUAAUACACAGAGAGAAGGGGAUAAAGAUUAGAUGGAAGUCCUAUAGAGGGUCAUUAGAUCAUUGUGGUUGAAUAUAUUUAAAGUGGGACACUGAUACUUUGUCAUAAGUGUUUUUAAUACUAUACAAUUAGCUUCAUCAGUGUCAUCUCACACUAGUGCAGGAUAAUAAUGCUGAUUUGUAGUAGGCUAAUGUACUGUAGUACGCAUAAAGAUGAAUAAGUUUGAUUUUUAAACAGGCAAAUUUUUAUUUGAUAAUUGUUAUAAGACACACAUGUGUAAAUUAUAAAAUAAGUUUUUUUGUUACUAAUUAUGGGUGUUGUAUUUUGAUGUCACAAUUGAAUUGUCCUCCUUAAACUAAUUGUUCAAACUAUAUUAACAAGAUGGCUUUUUGCAGACGUUCUAUGCAAUUGCAAUGAUUUACAUACAACUGUAACACUUAUGUUUUUCUAUUUUCUAUUUUAUUUUAUUUUUAGUUAUUGCUAUGAUUAUUGUUUUGCCUUUUACGUGACACAAUGCGUCACUUGACAAAAUAAAAUGAUCGAAUUGAAUCUGAAAAUUAAUUAAAA